AAAAGGUACUAAAGAGCAAUAUCCCUGGCAAACAUUUCUGCCUCUCAACACUGUUUCUCCGAGAAAUUCAGCACAUUAUUCGCAACUCGUAUACAGCGCAAAGUGUACAAUAGACGAUACACGCACAACGCUGGACAGAGAAACGGAGUUUUUAUUAAGCGGAUGUCACUUGACUGCGUAUAUGUGUGAGUUUUAGAUACCUGAUAUCUCCUUCUUUAGAAGAAAAUAUCUCAUGUACAAUAAUCGAUGAAUCAUAGUAAUACUUGGUAGAAAUACGUGGUGAAAAUGCUUAUAGCUGCAAAAAUAGAUGCACCAGUUUUUCCUCUUUUCCUUGUAUCACCUCUCUCUCCGCUCUCUCAUUUUUCCUUAAUUUUCCAAUUAAUCGUGUUUCAUUUCUUUCUUUCAUCUGCUUCUCUUCACUUUUCUUUUUUUUUCUUAUUUAAUACUUGAUGUUGUAGGUAAACAGGGUGAUCGGUGAAACGACUAUCGGCUAUCAGCUAUCAGCUAUCGAAAUGCUUAUCCGAGCAACGAGCUUACCCGCAUCUUUUACGCAAUGGACAGCAGCGACUCGAAGCAUCGUGUUUCAGAGACGAUACCUAGAAGGUCAAAGGUGUCUAGAAGCUGCCAAAAUAUUUUUAGAGACUUGUCCCCAUUUACAAGAAUGUCGUACAGUAUUUUCUAGUGGGAAAAGAUUUAGUACCAAAGUUAACGGAAUGACACUGAUAGAUGUUAUUGAAAAAUUUGUUGCUAUUAACAUAAUAAUUCAGGAACGCCUGAACAAAAUUACAGACUGCGAACAAUUGAAACACUGUGGAGAUUUACUAGAACAGUUAAAAUUUCUCAUAGAAGAAACCCGCGGACAACGUUUUGUCGUUAAUAUCAACGUUCCUUCGCAGGGUAAUUCCCAAGUAUCCAAUGGCUCUCCCAUAAUAUCUAGCAGUGUACGUAAAAGAUGUCACAGUAACAGCGAUCGUGAACGAUGCAAACGUACAAAAGUGAUGGCGAAUACAUCGCAACAAAUCAACUCGGCCGCUGGUCACGUAAAUAGUUACGAUAGCAUAGAGACAACACCAUUAGAAAGUUUGCCUGGUCACACAAAUACGAGCGAACAAUCUAAAUGUGGUAGCAUUCACGUGGAAGAGAAGAAACAUAUCAGCUCUGAAGAAGAAGUUGGAAGUAUUGGCAAUAAUAGCAAUAGUAAUAGUUGUAAUAAUAAUAAUAACGGCAACAACAAUAACAACAACAACAACAACAACAACAACAGUAAUAGUAAUAAUAGUACUAAUCAAGAUGCGCAAAAUCUAGAAGAUGCUGUAGUAGAUAAUACGUGUAAAACGAAUAAUGGAAAAGAUUCGUGCACGUUUGAAAAAUGUACUGCGGCUACAAGCACGGAAGAGUUACGGAGUUAUUCGUGCGUGGAGGUCCAGACUAGCCCGUACGAUACACCGGAGUCCGAAUCAGAAAGCAACGACGAACCAAUUGAAAAUCUCAGUUUACUGACGAAAGAGUUGUUGAAUCGUACCGAAUUACAAGAAAGAAUUGCCGAGAACAUUAACAAAGCAAUACUUCCAACGGAUGUAUCAUCGAAAGAGGAAAAUUUAAAUGAUUCGACGAACGGCGAAGCAAAUACCUCUGUCAUGGCAGACUUAAGUAACGCGAUUAAAUCGAUAGUAGAGGCAACGGAAUCUGAUCCUGUAUUUGAAAGAUUUCUCGAUGAAAUGAUCGGCUCGCAGAUAGAAGCGGAUACGAGUCCCGAUGAAGACAUCGAAGCCAAUAAUAGACCGAAAACGAAGUUGACGAAUGGAUCGCGAGAGAAAGAAAUUGAAAUUUCAACAAUGGUGAAUAGUAGCUCAACAACAGAGUUGGUAAUAUCAGAUAUGAAAUUAUCCGAGGAGGUAAAGGUGACAGAUAUACCGUUAAAACAGAGACUUCGCAGUUCUUCGAGACAACAAAAUGCUCGAGUCGAAGAUGACCAACGAGAGCAAGAGAAGGAAGAUAACGUGUUGGAAGAUCAAAACGCUGCCGCGAUAUUAAGUAUAAUAAAUGCCAAUAUUACGAACAAGUGUCCGACGACGUACGAGGAAAAAAGCUUAGAGAGUCGAAAAGAAGUUGUACCGGUCGACAUUGAGAAUGAAAAGAAAUCGAAGGUUUCGACAUUUGAAGUUUCUUCAGAGGAUGGUAGUAGGCAAGAGGAACAUGGAAAAUCAUCGAACAUUGAAAAUCAACAAAUUGUUUGUAUCAAUGAAGAAACAGUUCGAAAUAUUAACGCGGCUGAGACAAAGGUAAAAAAGUCGACGGUAAGAAGAACGAAGCCGUCGAAAGCUAAAAACGAAUCGGAGAAUAAUCUGAACGGUAACAAAGGCAAUACAUUCGAUGAACAAGACAUAAUGACGAUGCCAACGUUGAUAGUGUGUUCGAAAGAAGAAAUAAACAACAUAUUAUGUGCAAGUUCUAUACCGUCUAGAAGAAAGUCGCGGUUCGUUCCUAUCGUUCCAAAGGAUCCAACAGGUAAAAAUGGGAAAAAUUUUAUGGAGACGCUGUAUUUGAAAACUGUAAAUGUUCCUCAAAAGGUAGCACCAACGACAUCGUCAACAUCAUCAACGUCGUCAACAUCGUCAACAUCGUCAACAUCGUCGACGUCGAUGACUCGUCAAACAAUCCAUUCAGGCGAGAGGCAGGAUAAACAAAUAAACAACAAAGGAAAAUGUAGAUCGAUUCGGAGCGUUAAUAAUUUGGCAGGUAGUUCGAUAACAAGUCCCGCCAUUUUACCCAACACCACCACGAGCAAACUCAUCGUCGGAGAAUCGAUUACUCUUUACGGGAACGAAAAUAGUGCAAGAACAUUAGUGGAUAGUUCAAAUAUGCCUACUAUAAACAUAGAAGAUAACGUUAGUUUGUCUGGCUCGGGAUUAUCUCCGUACUUAAAAUUCAAUUGCAAUAAGAACAAUCAAAAUCAAAGUUUGUCAGACAUCGACUUGACACCUGUUGUACAAGCUACUGAAAAAGCUGUUGUUCCGGUUAAAAGUAACUUCGACGACGAGCAGCAGCCAUUGAAUUGCAAGGCUGUUGCGGUCGACCCGAUUACUAAACGCACUCCGAGAACGUUGUUGAAAAGCAGGACAAAAAAUUAUAGAUUGAGUUUAUCUACACCCAGACGGAAAAGCAAUCAUAUAAGAGUUCUCGAUUUCAAUACACCGACGAAGGUAAUAGCUUCGACGUCAGCGUCGGCAGUGACAAUUGCGGGAACCGUAACGGGCAAUAUUGCAUCCAGUGGAACGGUUAGCGAUAGCGAAAACGUGUCCUCCUUAAAACACGUUAAAUCGGUAUGUAGAACUUGUCUUUUCAAGUCCCCACCAUUUUCUAAUUCUACGAUGAUCGGGCAUCAAACGACGUGCCCGGAAACAGUUAUCGAAUCGUCAAACAAAGUUGCCGUAGCGACAACCGAAUGUUCUGUAUCGAAAGUUACAAACGUUUCGGAAAAGUGUCGGAAGGACGAAAACAAUGUCAGCAUUUUGUCCGAACAGAAAUUAAAAUCAACGAAAAUGGUAAAGGACACAUGGGACGCGGACUUGAGGAAAUCUUUACAAACGACUAACACGGAAGACGAUCGUCGGAAAAGCAAGAGCGUUGUUUCAAAUAAAGAAAAGUGCAAAUCACGCGCGUCGAAAGGAAAAAGUAUCAAAAGUCUACCGACUAAAGAGUCGUCGGUUGCCGCUGCAAAAGAGAAAAAACGAAAAAGGACAAAAGGAAAGGUGUUGUCGACAGAAGAAGAAAAGGCAGAGAGUAAUAUCGUGUCGAUACCGGAUAAAAAUUCGUUGUUCGAUAUCGAUAGUGCCAAGACAAACGACGUUUUGCCAACGCGUAGUAACGAGAAUAAACAUAAAACUGUCUCUGAACGGAACAAACUGGACGAAUUAUCCAUUUUCGAGAAGAAUCGUGUCGAUGAAUCGUUAGUGAUAACAACAACGACAACAACCACUACUACCACUACGAUGAUAGAAACAAUAACAACAAUGGCAACGAUGACGGCGACGUCGAUGACGACGACGACGACGACGACGGCAACGAUAACAGCAACAAGAACAAUCGACGAUUCGAAAGUUGAGAAAAAUAAUAUGAAAAAGUAUGUCCCAUUGAAAACGUUAAAAACCAAUUUAAAUAGAUGUGAAAAAUCGACGAACGAGAACAAUAUAAUGUCGACGAAUGGGAAUGAUACGCAAUUCUCUGAGUUGACGAAAAUUUCCACGGAUGUCUCGCAGCAAUUAUUACAAAUACCUAAUUUGAUUGAUUUGGAAACGCCAAGAAAGUUGGAGAACUCCGACGUUCCACCGACACCCAGAUUACUUAGUCCUAGCAGCAGUAUCACGCCGUUUGUUAAAACAAACGAAGACUCGAGUAAAAUACGAAAUUUUAUAAGUACUCCGGAAUUUCCGACAACACCUUGUAUAGCGUUAACUCCAAAACACUUGGAAGAAACUACGACCGAUAAUCCGAAGGAAGAAACCUUCCAUUCCUGUUCCCCCUAUUAUAAACCUACUUUUGAGCAGAACGAACAUUCGGAGAAAUUAUCAGGGUCAAAGACGUCAAAGACGUCAAAGACGGCAAACGAUUUGCAAAAAUCGCCUGUAAUAUCAUCCUCCUCGCAAUGCACGAACCAGUGCGUGCCGCCCGGCAACGUUAUCGGUUCGAGCAGCACCUUUCAAACACGCCUAUCUGAAAAAUUAGAAAUAACACAAUUUGAAGUGAUCAAGGAAAAUUUGCCUAAAGAUGAGGCAAUAAAAGAGCUUAAAAUAUCAGCCAGUUCUCGAGAUUCGACGUCGCAUUGUACAAAAGGUAACAAAGCUAAUUGUCGUGUCAAAGACGAGAAUGCAGAAUUAAUUAUCGAUAAAAACGGCACGGACGAUAGCAGUACGGCCAAAUAUUGCGCGAGGGUAGUUGAUAACAAAAAAAGAUAUUUGCGCAACUGCGAAGAAUCCUUAGACAGAGACGCAUCAUCCUCUUCCUCUUCUUCGACCUCUUCAUCCUCAUCGUCGUCCUCCUCCUCCUCCUCCUCGUCCUCGUCCUCUUCUUCGUCCUCCUCAUCAUCAUCAUCAUCGCCCUCGUCUUCGUCUUCACCUUCGGCAUCUUCCUCGCCGAUUUCUACAUUUUUACCACCUUCGUCCAUUUCACCAGAAUUGAAAGUAACAAACUCGUUGGAAACAUCAUCGUCCAGCAAAAAGAAUAAAAAAAUUUCGAAUCAAAUUUAUACAGAUACUACGAGCAAUGACAAUUCAAUAUGCAAACUUGCUACGCGUCGAAUACAGGAAGAAACAACGAAUACAGAAUAUUUGGUUACCUCGGCAAGUACUUUGACAAAAUUAACGAUCAAAUCAACGGAUGUAUUAUGUACGAAUCGUACCGAAGAAGCAAUUAUCGCUUUAAGAAAAUGCGAGUCAUCGCCGUUAAAAGUGUUUUCGGUAAUGAAAAAUGAAAGGGAUCGACAGAAGGAAGAAGAAGAAGAGGAGGAGGAGGAGGAGGAGGAGGAAGAGCUGCUACAAGAAACUCCGGCCAAAAAUGAAAUUUUAAUAAACGAAGCAGAUAUUUCCGAAACUCCGAGCAGUUCUAAGACCGGUGUAGAAAACUUGACUAAUUUAUCUUCAAAAAUUUCAGCGUUUAUCAAUUCAGAAGAUGGAAAUCGGAAUCAGGAUUUAUACGUAGGAAAUUGUACAGCGAAAAGCCUUAAGCAAAAGGCAAAAAUAGUGAAAGCGCAACAUACUUUCAAACCCACAAUGUCCGUAAAACGUUUUUCUUUGUUACAAAAACAACAACAACAGCAAAAGUGUUUGACUAUAGACAAGAAAUUAGUCGUUCAAUUAGAAGCAAAACGUCAACGUAUGAUAACGAAAUUUAGAGAUAUUCCUAAAUCUAGUCUUACCCGUAGAACAACCCGACAGAAACGAAUUAUUUGUAAGGGUAAUAAAAAUAAUGUAACCGUAAAACAAAAGAAGAAUCGUAGCGCGUCUCUUCAGAUUCAGAAGAAUGAUGAUUCAGUUAGCGAGAAGAAACAAAAGAAAAAAAAGAAAAAGAAGAAAAUUGACGAGCUCGAUAACGAUAACGAUAACAUCAACAAUGACAAUCGUAGCAGCAACGAUAAUAGUAUUGGUAAUACCGAUGAUACAAGCGUAAAACGUUUAAACGUGGACAACGUAGCAGAAAUGAAAGAUUGCAAGAGACUGAAGGAAAAUUCAAAUCGAGAAAAUGAUAGUGAUAAAAUUGCGUUCAACGACACUUUGACGUUAAAAAUUGUAAAGCAAACGGAUGUGCAGAACGAUUCAAACAAACCUCCUAUCUGCACGAUUGUCGAGAAUAACACGAAUAAUAACGAAGAAAACGAUGUUGCGAUUCAAAGCGAAGAAGAAUUAAAUAGAGUUGCGGAAGCGGAAAAUAAAAUUUUCAAUAUAAAUAGAGUGGAAAAUAAAGAAACAAGGAGAUUGGAAACGUCAGAAUAUUCGGGAAAUUCAAUAAAUUCAAAAAAUUGUAUUGCGAUCAAUGCCGAAGAAAGUGAUAUACCUGUUAUCUUGAAUAAGACUAGCAAUGAAAUUAUUUCACAAGAAAGCAAGUUUAGUACGAUGAAAAAUGAAGAAAGUUACAAAGAGAAAAAUACGUACAAAGCAAUAAAACAAGCUAAUUAUAGCGGUAAAGCAAACGCCUUAUCAAAAUCUAAGGUUGAUCUAGUAAAACGAGAUUUGUUUAGCGACGAAGAGAAUGAUUACAAAACAAAGUUUUCAUCUAAUCAGAAAAAUGAUCUUAUCAAAACUGUAUCUAUAGACAAUUCUGACUUACCAAGUGCCAAGAAUUUAUCGCACGUUCUUCAGAGUUUACAACUCGUUCCUGCGUGCAAAACUGAUCAACCGAACAAACUUGAAUCAAAAGUGGAAAAAUGCGAUGGUAAAACGAAUUUCAACGUGGUUGCACCAAAUUCGGUAGAAUACCAUUUUCUCUACGACGAUAGUGCUCCGUUAAAGAAAAGAAGACGAAGAUACAGCAGUCACGAAUUGGAAUUUCAAAUUAAUGUAGUCUUGAACGAUCAAAGUAACGACGAAUGCGUUAAGGUAUGGACAGCCACCGAUUACGAAGAGAUAUUCAAUCUGCCGCCAAAAUCUAAAAAGAAAUUAGCAAAUAGAAAGUCGCCUCUGAAAUACGAAAAUCAUUGCGAAACGUCUCUGGACACGUUAAGCGCAACAAGUACACACGCCAAGCCGCUGGCCACUUCCUCUCCUAUCGAUAGGCCGUUUUUCUCGAAAACGAAAAAGCUUGCCACCACCUCCCUUCUUCAAACUUCCACCGUUAAUGAAAGAAAUAAAUAUCUACAACAAACGAUUGAUAACAAAAAACGAUUGAAAACAGACAAAAAUCAAGAAACAAUCACAGACACCUCAGUCGUAAAACUUCAAAAGAAUAUGCUCGUUGAGCCGAAACAAAAUAACCAGUUCGAAAAACGAGAGCAUCUAACGGAUCCUCGAACAUUACUGAACAAUUUAGAUUUAGAUAAAUUUUUAACUUCUGUUCAUGGACCAGCCUGAACGUUCUUCAGUUUAAUUUUCCAUUAAAAUUGUACAAAAACUUUUUUUCAACCUGCGUGUAUAAUACACGUUUCCCUUUCCAACUACUUAUUGUUCCAUCCGGGGGAAAAAAAAUAUGAAACGCUAUUAUCGCGUUUCAUUUUAAAUAAUCUCGAAUGUAUUAAUCAUACAGUAUUCAGUUAAACACUCGAAUACUUUUCUUUUCUUGAUACACGGAAAUACGAUUGGAGCCCAUCCCUCUUCCUUUUAAUUUUCUCAUUUCACGUACAAGUAUGUACUUACACAACUCGAUACUUCGAUCGGAUGAAAAGUAUUCUUUAUUAGAAAUAUCUGACAACAGAGGCAGAACGAUUUGACGCGUUACAUUUUACAGGUAAAAUAUACACAUAUAUACGUAAAGUAAUAAGUUUCCGGCAAAGAAAAGACGCGUAAAAAAAUAAAUAUUUAAGAUUUAGAUUUUACAGCUUUGUCUACAUCUUCCGUAACCGCUAAUAAUUUUCGCCACUGUGCCAUGUUCAGGCAAAUACCUGCGCAGAAAAAACAUUUCUUUCAGUUUUUUCUUAUUUGUCUACUGUUCAUUAUUAAAAUAGAACUUUCUAAUA